AUGAAUAACAACAACGACAAUUUCCACCGCCCAGAAGAAGAUGAUCAUGAUGAUUAUAGUGAUGAUUUUCUUGCUCUUUCUCUCGGUCUCCGGCGGCUUUCUCGGCGGCGGCGGCGUCCUCCUCCGUCAUCAGAACCUCAAACUAUGCCACAAAUUCCAGUUUAUGUAGAGCGAAUGCAAUCCUUCUAUUAUAGAAAUCCAGUGAUCCAACUUCCUUCUGAUCAUCCUCUUUACAUUGUCCCGCCGGAAGUUCUCGCCGCCAGAUCACCGUCGCCACCAAGGAUGCAUUUGAACAGCGAGCCCCCGUUGGGCCGGGGACGCGUUCGCCGGAAUCCUUCUCGAAACAACGUUGAGGAUAAUAACAGAACCAUUCCACCGCCUUAUCCAUGGGCCACUAACCGCCCCGCCGUCGUCCAUGAUUUGAGGCAUCUUGUCAGCGACUUGCAGAUUGAGACCAUCACCGGUAUGGUCCGGUGCAACAGGUGCGACAAAGAUUAUGAGAUAGGGUUCAAUCUUGAACAGAAGUUGAAUCAGUUUUGGAGCUUCGUUGCCAGCAAGAGGGGCACCAUGCACGACCGUGCUCCCGAGGAGUGGUCGUCGCCGCCGUCGAUGACGUGCAGGUAUUGCUCCGGUGACGGCGUGAAACCGAUCAUCGAUGAGAAUAAGGACAAAAUCAAUUGGCUGUUCUUGUUCUUAGGGCAAAUACUGGGGUACUGUACGCUCGAUCAACUCAAGUAUUUCUGCGGCUGCACACGUAAUCAUCGUACUGGUGCUAAAGAUCGAGUUCUUUACCUUUCGUAUCGUGAAAUCUUCAGGCAGCUUCUUCCAGAAUGGCCAGAGGUUUCUUGGUGA